GAGCAAGCUGGACAUGGUUAAGAGGGCUUCCAAUGCACUAGGUGUCUGUGGAAGACCCCUGGGCCGCAGCCUGGGUCCUGAUUUCUGUUAACAGGCUUUGAAGAUGGACGAUUGAGUCGGAUGGUUUUUUCAGUGUGGAACGAAGCGUAUCGCUAGACGGACUUCGCUUUUCCUGUCCAUUCAAGGGCAUUGCUUGAGGGCCCUCGGAUCAGGCGCCACACCGAGGCCUGUCUGCAGAACAUGACGGCUCCAUGGACCCUUCAGGACGUGAAAAGCUUCACUCCAUGAGAUGUUUUGAGUUCACAAAGUGGUUUUCACCAGUAAAUUGACCUGACACAGCCAUGGGAGACUGGAACCUGCUGGGAAAGCUUCUGGAAAAAGCCCAGGAGCACUCCACUGUGGUUGGAAAGGUCUGGCUCACUGUCCUGUUCAUCUUCCGCAUCCUCGUCCUCAGCGCCGCCACCGAGAAGGUGUGGGGCGACGAGCAGUCGGGGUUCACCUGCGACACCAAGCAGCCCGGUUGCGAGAACGUGUGCUACGACAUCACCUUCCCCAUCUCCCACGUCCGCUUUUGGGUGCUGCAGAUCAUCUUUGUGUCGACGCCCACCCUCAUCUAUCUGGGACACAUCCUACACCUGGUGCGGAUGGAGGAGAAGCAGAAGGAGAAAGAUAAAGAGAGGCAACAACAAGUCGACAAACAAGCUCCCUUUGUGGAUACUCAUCACAAGAAAGCUCUCAAAAGGGAUGAGAAGGGACGGGUGCGGCUUCAGGGGGAGCUCUUGCGCACGUACGUCUUCAAUGUGAUCUUCAAGACACUGUUUGAGGUGGGCUUCAUCGUAGCCCAGUACCUCUUGUACGGUUUUGAGCUGAAACCCAUGUAUACAUGUGACAGGCCACCUUGUCCUAAUGUGGUUAACUGCUACAUAUCCCGUCCUACAGAGAAAACUAUCUUCAUCAUCUUCAUGCUUGGGGUGGCCAGUGUUUCAUUGUUCCUGAACCUCAUAGAGAUCUACCACCUGGGGUUCACCAAGUGCCGCCAGGGCAUCACCUUCAAGAGGGGUCAACAGAACCUGCAGAGCAUUUCCAAGGGGCACAGGGAGACUCCUGUGCCUCUGGUACCAAGCUACGAUGACUACUUCCGAGAACACAGCCAAGUCCAACCAUCUUAUCCUCCGGUACCAAGCUACAACCUCUCCCCCCUGUCUGAGGGAACAGACUCAUCUUUCCACCCUUACCACAGCAAGGCUGCCUACAAGCAGAAUAAGGACAAUUUGGCGGUGGAGAGGAGCAGCAGCAAGCCAGAGGAAUGUGACGUGAAGGGAAAAAACGGAUCAGUAUCAGCCCCCGGGUCUCCUACGCAAACUAGGUCCAGUCAUGGCGGCAAGCACAGCAGCAGCCGGACUAGAAUAGACGAUCUGAAGAUAUGAGGAGGUAUAUGUUUCUUGGAAGGGUCUUAAAACACUUGUGAGGGGAAUCUUACAUUGUCAGGAAAGCUGCUGUAUAUGCUGAACUCACCCUCUCACACAAGACGACUCAGGUUUGACUCAUUCCAACUUUGGGCGUGGGGUACAUUUAAGAGUAGAGGCGAGUGUAUUUGUACACUUAACAAACGUGGGUUACCUUUUUCAGAUCAGCUUUCUGCUUUGCUGCCAUUAAAUUCAUAUUUUGUGAAACUUAAUAGUUUGUUUUUUUAAUCUCAUCCCAAAUCACAUUUGUUUGUGGAACACAAAUUAGGUUAAUAGUGCAUUAUGACGAAAAUUUGAUUUGUAUUGCUGAUUAUUGAAUUGGGUGGUAUGGUAUGACUCUUUCUGCAUUAAAUUACAUGGUUUCAUCAGGUUUAAUUUGGGGUUUUUUUGUCUUUCAUUGAAGUUCAGAAAGUUCUCAGACUUCAGAGUAGGAAUGUGUUUGGGCUCUGGCUUGACUUCAGUGAAUGAAAUAAGAUAGGGUGAAGAGUUAAGUUUAGCUUCCUUUGCCUGUUUUGAGGUCACAAUCAAGUUCACUUGCUCUGACUUGAAGCGAAGAAUUGUGCAAUACGUGACAGCUCAUUGAACGGAGGAUUGGCUGUCACUGAUUCCAGAAGAAGUUGGACUGGUGUCAUGAGUUCCAAGAUUUGUGCUGCCUCUUUUGUUUUUGUAUUUUAUUUUGACAGCCAUGAAGUAGAUAAUUGUGAACA